GUUAGUAAUCAUUAUAAACAAAUUCGAGAAUUAGUAUUGUAAAUUCUAUAUAAAAAUAAAAUAGAUAGCAGAACAGUGCUACAAUAUCAGCCGUAUUUUAUAUUUGUAAAAUUGGUUUUUAUUUUGGUGUUCAUGAUUCGGUCACAUCUAAUAGGAGCGUAACACAAGAAGCAUGGUUGGCGCUGGACCUGGUGGUGGCGACAAUAAUAAAAUUGUUGCCACUUUGCGUUCUGACUGUAAGGUGGUGUAUCCAACGAACCAAGCUGCUUCCACCACACUGGAGCACCAACUGGCCAGUUUAAUGAAUUACAAAAUUCGCACGGAAGGAGAAAUUGCGAAUAAAUCUCUAAACACCCUGAGUGUACCAACCACAGUUGUAGACUUGGGGAAACAAUUGUUGCAGUACGCUAGGGAUUCCGAUGUUAAAGGUGUCAAAAAUGCCUUAUCCCGCGGUGCACCGUUUACUUCGGAUUGGUUGGGAAUGUCCGCAUUGCAUUUUGCUGCCAUGAACAAUCAGUAUGAAAUUUGUCAAGUUUUACUCAGUGGCGGCAUUAAUAAGGACUCCAAAACUAAGGUGGACCGAACUCCUCUUCAUUUGGCCUCUUAUUAUGGCAACGAACAGAUAGUGGAACUACUUCUUUCUAAAAAUUGUGCGGUAAACCCAAAAGAUAUGUUGCGUAUGACACCAUUGCAUUGGGCCGUUGAAAAGCGGCAUAAAUCCAUUGUCCGUUUACUCUUGAAACAUAAUGCAGAUGUUACAGUGGUCACCAAGUUUGGUCGAACACCCCUAGCUAUAGCCGUUUUAACGGAGCAAGCUGAUCUUCUGGAGGAACUGGAGAGUGCUCGUCAAGCACAAGCUAACAGAACAUUUAAUGAACAGCAUGAGAAAGCAGUCCUAAAAAAUAGAAAGGAGACUUCAGAGGCCGUUAAUUCAAUAAUGGGUCUUACCGAAGCUAAUGAAGAGAGCGAAGGAAAUGCCAAUGCCAGAGUUCAAGAUGGUGAGGAAUAUAUGGCUCAGAAUGAAUACGCAGCUGCCAAAAUUGCAGAGUUGGAGAACAUAAAGGAAACAGGUAUCAUAGGAGACUCCACAAUUAAUCUUUUAAAAUCGCAUGGUAUUUCCAUGAUGCCGGAUGAUGAUACAUCAAAGGAUAUGUUAAAUACGGCGCUGCAAAAUGGAAGACAAUUGAUAUUGUCAGAGGGUGGAAAACUGUUGCUAAAUGAAACUAAAAAAAUACAAAACAACAACAAUACUAACCUAAACAAUAACAAUAAUUUUAAUAUAAAUGGUUCUAAUAAAACUAUUGUUCCAGCGAGGGCGCGUAACGAUAGUGCAACCUAUGUAAGUUCCUCAAGCAAUUCAAACGUUAGUAGGCUUAAACCCAAUGUCAUUACAAAAGCAAAGGACAAUCAGCAUGUAACUAAAAAUAAGAAUAUACGCAUAAUAUCUAUAAACGAUUUUAAGAAAUUGUAUGGCAAUACGAAUCUGAAGGCUAUGCAAAAAUUACCACAAUCGGUUACGAGCCAACAACGUGUGGUAAAUGUAAGGCAACCAAUGCAGAUGAAGCAGCAGCAGGUGAAGUUGGACAUGAAAAGUGUUGACACAGGUAGUAGCAGACAACAGGUGGCUCCUCAAGAGAAUAUUGGCGUACUGGAAGAAGAUAUAUUGCCGCACAUUAUACAGGUGUCCAACAAAGAUGAGAACGACAUCAUAGAACUUGAAGCGCAAAAAUCGCAUACGCUUGCAAAAACUGUACCCUCACACCAGCAAACUACCAUUGCCAAACAAGCUGUUCGUCUUGUGCCGGCCAAACGUGUUGAACACAUGAAUACUGUGCCAGUUCGUCAAAUGAAUACGGCAAAAACCAUAAAACUUAAUCCCUCUAAACCUCUACCAAGCCAAGAUUCCAAAUCAACGCCAGUAGCGCCUUCAGUCAUACCUCUAUUAACUGUACCCGAAAUUUGUAGACAGCUGUUGGAAUUGAGAAAACAGAACGAUGAACUGAGGAGAAAAUUUGAAAUAGCUCAAAAAGAGAAAGAAGAAUUGCGUCUACGUCUCGAUCGUCUGGAAGAAUUACUGCUGGUGGAGAGGACUGAGGAAGAAUAUAACAAUUCAUAGUUUUACUUGUAUUGUUGUUUUUUGCCUACAACGAAGCAACAUUUAAGUUAUACUGCCCGUUUGAAAAGAAAAUUGAAAUUUAAUUGGACUACACUCGUUAAUUUUAGUUAUUUUUAAGUUAAGCUGCAUUCUUAAGGGAAUACUAGUAACGUUUCUUUUUCUACUCUACUUAUGGACUAAGUUAAAAAAAAAAAAUUGGUAGAAUAACACUUUCAUCCGUCAUUUUUAUGUUAAAUAUUUCUAAGAAAAUUGAAUUUCAUGUCUUGUUUCAUUUUUUUACCAACUCAUCAUAUUUGUUUGUCAGUUUUGGAUUCACCUAUACAAGUUCGUGUAAAUAAAUAUGAAUAACAGUUGUAACAAUAAUUAAUUUUAAUGUAUAAGAUAUAAUUCAAUAAUUAUAUUUACAAAUGUAUUUUGUAAUACAAACUUGCGCCUUUUUAUAUAACAAAAACAAAAUCAAGAUUGUUAUAUUACUAUUUACAA